UAUCAGUAUCGAUUCCAAGUCUGAGAACAUGUGCGUAGUUGCCCUUUUAGAUAGCUCACUAUUUCCUAUUUAUCAUUGAAUUAAUUUUCUGGUCUGGGACAUUGUUCUUCGAUAACAACUUGGCUGCAAUCCGAACUGAACCCUUGCCAUCCCCGGUCAAAAAUAAUAUUAAUUCCCAGGAGCCAGAAGUCAGAAGCUUGCACGCGUUCUUACCACGCAAUCGACCACGACCCCUUUUCAUCUUCGAAGACCGAGCCACAUCAUUAAAGUGCACUUUGAAUCUGCAGGCCUAAUCAUACAACUUACAGAAUGUCGUCUCCUUCCUCAGCAGGUUCAAGUGCAGGCAAACGGAAACGAACUACCACCCUAACCUCUGCGAAGAAGACAUCGGCAAUGGAUCAACUACAACCCUCGUCUCGUGAUGCAUCUGGAGAAGAGGGAGAGUCUACAGCUCCAGAGUCAGGUGUAUUGCAUCACAAGAAGACUGCGUCGAUAGAUUCUGCCAAUCCUCCUGCUAAACGACUUCGAUCUUCAACUCACGACAAAGCUCCGAACGGCUCAGAGAAUCUGCAGGAUCCCGGAGAACCAUCUGACACGACCGAAGGCAGCACAGAUAUCGCAAAUCGCAUAGGAAGAAAAGGACGAAAAAGCACUUCUAAAGAUGCAGAAGAGAAGACGCAAUCGAUGGCACCUCCGCCGAUCGGAAAGCUUACGGACCCUGUUGGAUACAAGACGAAUCCCCCACCAGCAGGAAGGGCAGUCCGUGUCUAUGCAGAUGGCGUGUUUGACCUCUUUCAUCUUGGGCACAUGCGUCAACUGGAGCAAGCCAAGAAAGCUUUCCCGGACGUGUAUCUUCUGGUCGGAGUCACUGGCGACAAAGAAACACACAAGCGCAAGGGAUUGACAGUCCUCUCUGGCCAAGAGCGAGCAGAGACUGUGAGACACUGCAAGUGGGUUGAUGAAGUCAUCGAAGAUUGCCCUUGGAUUGUGACUCCCCAGUUCCUGGAGGAGCAUAAAAUUGAUUAUGUUGCACACGACGAUUUACCAUACGGUGCAGAUGAGGGAGACGAUAUCUACAAGCCUAUCAAGGAGGCUGGCAAAUUCCUUGUCACUCAGAGGACUGAGGGCGUUAGUACGACUGGCAUCAUUACGAAGAUUGUUCGCGAUUAUGAAAAGUACAUUGCUCGUCAAUUCAAGCGCGGUACUUCUAGACAAGAAUUGAACGUCUCGUGGUUGAAGAAGAAUGAGCUGGACCUCAAGCGUCAUGUCUCCGAGAUGAGAGAUGCUAUCCGCUCAAACUGGGCCACCACGGGACAGGAGUUGGGCAAGGAGUUGAGACAAUUUUGGCAACCCAGCAGGCCCGCAAGUCCAGCUCGUCUAAACAGCUAUGAUGAUUCAAAGACUCCGACGCUUACGAGUCCAUCUGCUCUGUCACAUCUUAGUCGACGACUGGAGAUUCCCCGAGGUGAUAGUCCAGGUCCCGGUAGUGACUUUGCUACAGGGUAUAGCUUGGGAUUGAUUGGCGGUGUUCGUUCAUGGAUGAUGAGAAGCCGUCAAACAAACAGAGAUAGUCAACACAACAGUGACAGCAGUGAAGAGGACAGUGGUGACCGCUCUCCUCCACGUGGAAGAAGUGGCAACGUUCAGAGUAAAGAUGCUAUGGAUGACGAGCAAGAAGUGGACGCUCAGAUUGAUGCAUUAAUGGGAGAGAACUCUAAGAGUUCGGGGGCAUGAAGAAGAUUUGGCUUAUGGCGUCUUGCUGCGUAGAAAAAAGCGUUGACUUGCUAGACUUUGACGACCACUUCUAGUACAUAUGUUUUCAUAGCAGAUACGCUACCUGUAUAAUUGUAGAAACACGACUACUCAAAUGAAUACUCAAUGAUUG